AUGAGCGUGGAUGCUUUGGGAAACCCUGUGAUGGACCCUACGUUUUCCAAACGGAACACAGCGCUGAGAUUAGUUGACUUGGCAGGGGCUCACCACCAUCACCAUCAUCACCACCAUACCCCUCAGAGCGUGACAGGCUUCCCGGGGUUCAGCAGCCAUCCACACUCAAUGGCUCACGCGCACCCUGGGGAGAUUACUGCGGAACCCCGCCUGGGGCCGAGUCCAUUCGGGCCAGAACACAUGGGGCACUCCGCGGCCCUCAAAAUCAGCCCAGCCCAUCAUUAUCCCCACCACCAUCACCACAAUCAUCAUAUUGCAGGCCACAGUGAAGUGGUCUCCAGUCAAACGGGAGCUUUUGGCCCGGUGCAGGCGGCGACAGUCCCAUACUCUAUGUCUCAUACGGCCCAAGCAUUAUCUGCAGGUAGCUAUCCGGGACACUAUGGUCAUCACCCCGACGCUGGGAACCAUACCCUCUUCCCCGGACUCCAUCACGAGCAGCCAUCUAACGGAGCACCAGGUGGCCAAGCCUUGAACGGACAAAUACGGCUAGGAAUACCUGGAGAAAUGUACGUAAGGUCUGAUCAUUUGAGUCAAGUGGCAAGCUCCAGGGCAGACCCGUUUGCUUCUUCGCCCUUGCACGGUUACGGCGGUCUCAAUCUGAACAUGAAUCUCAGCGCUCACCACCCCGGACCCGGUGCCUUUUUCCGUUACAUGAGGCAGCCGAUCAAGCAAGAACUAAUCUGCAAAUGGCUCGAGCCGGAGCACUCCUCGAAGAGACUUUGCUCUAAAACUUAUAGCACAAUGCACGAACUGGUGACACAUGUGACAGUGGAACAUGUCGGAGGACCUGAGCAGGCAAACCAUAUCUGUUUUUGGGAAGAGUGUCCGCGAGAAGGAAAGCCAUUUAAAGCCAAGUACAAACUUGUAAAUCAUAUCAGAGUGCACACCGGAGAGAAGCCGUUUCCCUGUCCGUUCCCUGGCUGUGGAAAAGUAUUUGCAAGAUCGGAAAAUCUAAAGAUCCACAAACGGACACACACAGGCGAAAAACCCUUUAAAUGUGAAUUUGACGGAUGUGACAGACGUUUUGCAAACAGCAGUGACCGGAAAAAGCACUCCCACGUGCACACCAGCGAUAAGCCGUACAACUGCAAAGUAAGAGGUUGUGACAAAUCGUACACGCACCCCAGCUCUUUGAGAAAACACAUGAAGGUGCACUGCAAGUCCCCACCUCCGAGUUCGGGUUACGAAUCAUCGACUCCAUCUCUCGUUUCCCCCUCAUCGGACUUGGGCCGUGAGCCAGCUCCCUCCACGCUCUCCGAACCUCUCUCGACUUCCCAACCCGCCAAUUUGAGUGAAUGGUACGUGUGUCACAGUUCUGGUGCCAGUGGCACACACACCCCUCCCAGCGGAUCGUCCACACCCGACCCCGCUGAAGGGCCACCAUACAGGAAUCCUGAACCAAGGGAUGCAUUCCAGCCAAAUUAUGGUCCCAGAAAAUAA